UAUAACUAUAGAAUCUUCAUAGAUAACACUGAUAAAUUAUUAUUGAAGUGAUCAGUAACUAAUGGUUGGUUGGGUUGUAUAUAGUUAACUAAAUAGUUACUCUCUCCCCCCCCAAUUAAUCAAGUUAUUUAUUUAUUUAUUUACCACGCCUCACUCGACCUCACUCAACCUCACUCAACCUCCUUGACAUUUCUCCAAACCUCCAACCUCCAACUCUCCAACUCUCCAACUCUCCAUAUUUUCGCCUUCAUCUCACAUCCUCUCCUUGUUGUGGCUUCUUGUCGACCCAUGGCGGCCACCGUUCCCUUCGCUUUUCCCUCAUCCUAGCGUCGCUCUCGCUCUGUUGUGGAUGGUAUUAUGCGACUUGUUUAGUUCGUGCCCGCUGCUCGUCCUCACUCGCCCGCGCUUCGAUGACAGUUCCUCCUUGAAUCCCCUUCGCUUUUGGCGCUUCGCCGAUCCCCCCCCCUCCUCCUCCCCUUCUUCUCUCCCCCAAGUUGUCCGCUCGAUCGCCCAUUUCCAGUGGUCUCUCGUCCUCCAUUCGUUCCUCUCUCUAUCCCCGUGUCCCGCUUGCGGCUCUCCAGUCUGUUGGCUGCUUCCAUGAUGCAGACCUCGACUUCACCACCCUAUGAUCACAGUGGAGGAUACUCUGCACGACGAGGCCGCGCUUCACAACUAUCUAUCAGCGAUGAUAGCCAACACGUUACGGAAACAAUUGGCUACAUGUAUGGCGAUGAUUACGACAAAAGGGACUCGAAACGAUUAAGUUUCACUCCCUCCUCUAUGAAUGAAUCCCUUUCUGUUACCUCCCCGCGUCGACAGAAUCUACCGCAGCCUUCAGAUUCGAACAAUUACCAGCGACCGCUUCCUCUCAGAACCAGUUCAAUAGACAGGUCCGCCUCCAAUGACUCCGAUCGCCAGUCUGCGGCGGAACCGGGCUCAAGUGAUCGAGAUGGUACAGGCCCAUGCUCACAGGUGCUAACCCGUUCUCCCUCGACCACCACCUCGAUAUCUAUCCCACUAAACGACAUAGACUAUGAGUCUAAUCCUGCUGCUGCCGUGGCGCAGGAACUCAGCAACUUGGCUGCUCUCCGGAGAAUGUCGAUGGACGUAGGGGCUGCUGACCCGGACCUCCCAUUGUUCGGUUCUAAUUUUGGUAUUCCUCCGAUUCCCCCUUCGGGUGAGUCUGACGAUGAUGCGUCGCAGUUAUUUUGGGUCCCCGCGCGCCUGCACCCGGGAUUGGCACCCAAAGAGUUCAAGAGCUUUCUUGAUGGCAAAGCAGAGCAAAUAAAGCGAAGAUCCGGCGAACUUACCAUGACCGAUUCGGAGCUACAAGUACAAGGUUUGACUGGGGGGUUGCGGCGGAAGAAAUCCAUGUUAUCAAGACAAAUAGAUACCUCGGGCUCGGGAGGCCAGAAUGAAGGAAAUCAGCUUGAUUCAGUAUCAGAGGAGGUUUCCGUCGGACAAAGGCGUGCGAAGGAUUCAAUGGUAGACGAUAGACCUAUAUUACCGCCUGCUCCGCCUGGCCAUAGCCUGCGGAGAUCGACCCGGACAACCUACCGUAGAGGGAGCUUAAAAACAGGAGAUCGGAUCCCGUACUCGAGACGUGCACCAAGACAGUCCGACCCUGACGCUGAAGCUGUCGCUCGACGGUCACCCCCGUUAGGCGAAGAAGAACCGCCUAUCCUGGGACUAACUCGAGUUGCGACUGACCCAACGCAUGGAGGCACAUCUGGCUUUUCGCGGCCAACUAACUGGUCGCCAGCCAGCUCGGCUACUAACAAUCUCUCUAUCUCGUCAGGCGAAUCUAACUCAGAUCCUUUAACCUCUGGCAAUAGGACUGCUUCUACCCCGCCGUCACAGACACGGUCAUCAUGGGACCUUAAUGACCGCUCAAAUUUAGAGCCAUCCGCGGCAACGCAGAACGUGCAUCAAAUUAUACAAACUCCGCCAGCAGACGUGAAAGAAUCACCAGCUACUGCUACGGCUUCUACGCCAAACCAUAUUCCCGUACGGAAAUCUUCGCACGACCCGCCUCCAUCACAACCUCCACAAGCACCCCUCCCUCCUGAGCCUAUUGGAAAAAGGAGCUCCAAACGAGCCGGAAUUAUUAGGCCAGCAAAGGAAAGUUCCCAGACGAUUAAUGACAUUGCUUCUCGCCCGGCAGCGCUCCCUGGAAACAGCACGCGAACGGAUACGCUUUCCUUCAUCCCAACCCUGACAGACAGCUCCAAUAAGAAGUCGGAUUCGAAGAAAUCGAAAGAUAAAAAGGAUGGGGAAGGUGGCCGGAAAUCGAGCUGGACGUGGCGUCGAGGAUCCGAGGAAAAGGAUAAGGACAAGAAAAAGGAGGACGAGUCCAAAAGGUCUAAGGGAAGAAUGCCCAAAAUAGCUGAGAAGGUACAUGACAACACCCGUCUAGAUCUUUUGCAGGCAUCUAUCGACGGAGCGCAAACAGGCCGGGAGAGCGUCGUAAUCGACCGUGCGGAGGUCAGAUUGGAAGAAGAACGCCGGAAAGACACUGCGAAGCGGGGCGCUGGUAAUGAAUCAAAGAAGGAGAAAGAGCCAAGCCUAUUCUCUUCCAUAUUUGGAGGAAAGAAGAAAGGAAACCUUGAUUAUAGCCAGAAGAAACAUUCGUCAAGGACACUUUCGCCCGAACCGCAACCACGCGAGCUCAAACCGGAUAUCGAUUAUAACUGGACCAGGUUUCCUAUUUCCAAAGAAAGAGAAAUUUACCGCUAUGCUCAUUGGAAACUCGCAGAACCAAAACGUGCGCUACAUUCGCAAGUUCUGCUAAGCAAUUUCAUGUAUUCGUACCUCGCCAAAGUACAACAAAUGCAUCCUACAUUAAGUAUCUCCUCUGCUCCACAGGCUCAGCACCGUAAGAGGGAACACUCACAAUCCGAGGACCAUUCUCAACACCAGCGGCAUCAGAGCCGAGAGCAUGAUAAUUACAAUAAUGGGUCAUAUUAUAACGAAUCCCACUAUGACUAUGAUAGCGAUGACCGAGAUGACCAUCAUUGGUCUCAAUCUGGAGGACGGGGUACCUCCUCUCAAAACGGAUCCGCACAUGGAUCGAACCAGCGGCAGCAAUAUGGAGCCUCGCGGUCCUCGUUCGGCGAUGAGGCACAACUUGACGACGAUGAUGACAUGUGGUGAUAUGGCGAAACCAACAUUUCGAAUAAUGGGAAAUUAAUCUUUCCAGUGUUUCUCAACUACAUCCUGCCCAAACAACCAAUCAUCCUAUUACCCUUUGCCUCGUAGUGUGUCCCACUUUAAUUUAUACCCAUGGGCCAUAUCUCCCUCGAUAUCCACUGAGAUAACCUUAAGCGCACAAAUGUAUUCCCCACAUUCAAUAUCCUCCUCAGCCUAGAAUUGAUUCCGCUCUCCAUGCACCCAGUUACCCCCCCCGACGACGGCAUUUCAUAAAGAUUACUCCGUUCUGGUUAGAUUUUGGAAAUCGCACCCGGAUCCCCUCUCGUCUUCUUCCUGCACUAUUUUCUUUAUUGAAUCAAUUAUGACAUUACUCUUUUUUCCUUUUCCUGAUUUUCUUUGUUGAUGGCAUAGCGGCAGGAUUUUGUUUUCCAAAUUUCUCUAUUUUCCACCCACUUAUUUGUUUUUGUUUCCCUUUCCGUUCGUUUCUUCUUUUCCCUCAUCUUUGUUAUUUCACAAAGCUGGCAAGUUUACCUAUUAUACCUCAUUCCUAGUCUUCUAUUACCAGGCGUCUUCUAUUCAUGGCCCUAACACCCCAAGUAACAUUUUCACUCGUCGCUUUCUCGUGUCUUGCUAUUUUGGCGUGGUGUUGUAUUUCUCCCUCUCUGCGCAUCUCGCACUUUUUUUCUUUUUUUAUUUCCUCUGCCCCUUUGAAAAUUUUGAAAAUUGCUAUGACGAAUACUGUCCUAGGUGGCAUUUAACUUCGCCGGUUUUGUAGUAUUCUUGUUGUUUUUGUAUUAUUUUUACUUGUCUUCCGCUCCCCCUGAAUCGUCCGUAACUAGUUAUAUAUUCUACAUGUACGUAUUCAGGACAACAGGAACACAGCUUAUUGUCCGACCCCUUUUUUUAUUUUUUAUUUUUUAUUUUUUACUUUUAUUUAUCACUGACCUAGAAUCUUGAAUGUGUCAACCACUUUCUAGGAACAGAUUUUAUUAAUGUUGCCUGAGUGUUGGGGAGACAAAGGAGAGACAAAGGAGAGGAUAAUGGAUCAAUGUUUCUAGCUGGAAGUUUAGGGAUCGCCGUCCUCUACCCCCCCUUCCACAGGUAAAGACUUGAAAUAAUGCCCAAAAGGAAGAGUGAUUGGCGCAAAAGUGCUCCUCCUACACUGUAUGUGGUUGGGAGUGCUUGGAUAAUAGCGCCUAUCGGAGGAAAGUGCGGAGGGGAAGUGCGGAGGGAGCAAGAAGGCUGAAACACAAGCAAUGAUCGGAUUAUUGGUGUGUCAAUUUUAGCUCGCGGCACAAAGGUUGUGGGGCGGAGCCGCAACCGCUCCUAGCAAUUGAUUGGACGGAUUAAGCGCUAGUUAUUCCAUUGCCCGUUAGCCGCCGUUUUUAGGGAGGUAAUAUUAAUACUGCAUCCAACAUGGCUGUUACAAUGUACUCCUCUCAAUUGACGUUUUGCUACUUAAACCUUCUACUUGUCCCCUCCAUCAUAUGCCAAAUAUGACCUACCUCUUCUGUCUAGGGUAGUUUUGUAAAGCGAAAGUCGGCUACACCAUACCCAAAGAGCUUCAAGGGGAGCGGGGAGGGAGCGCGGCUUGGAGUGUCCUCCCCUACCCUACCCUCCUCGGCCAACCCCCCGGGACAACAUUGUGGUCAAGGGUGUGCGACAUUUUCUGACCAGCAAAUGAGCAUGAUGUUCUUCAUCACUUCCAAAGUUGAACGUCGUAUGUCCAGCUGUUGUCUUGACCCGUACUUACAUAUAUGUAUAUACAGAUCAGUUACAAGGACUUGCUCAGUGUAUUCAAUCUGUAUGAACGCCAUAUCGCCAGGUGUGACUGCUAUUAUUAGAAGUAAAUAAGCCCUGGUGGACCUCAGUCAAAGGUAAAGGAAGGGAAUGGAGAAAUGAGGACUGAGAAAUGAAGCAAAUCCGAGUGGCUCUAUACAUUCUUAAACAGUAAAGCCAUCGUUACGGGGCUGUCCAUCAUGAACUUUGCAAGACAUGUACGGCAGCAGUUGUUGCCUUUGGUUGAAUUUUGGUUAGGUCCUGUCUUCAUCUAGAAGGCUCCGCCAGUAUCCUUGAUGAAAUUGGUCAACAAAUAGUAAAUCAUCAUGAUGUUGGGCGACGUAGUUCAAAUACAAUACAGGCAAGCUCUUACUGAAGCCAAGUUCUAUAGGGGAACGGAAACCCACAUAACAGUCUUAAAUCUUUUUGCAUGCCAUCGUACAUCUUGCCGCGUAUGGACUUCAUUAUUCGCGAUAUGUACGGACCUACUUAUUAUUUAAACUGCCUGGGUGGUGCUAUGGAUGGAUG